AUGCACGACGAAGGCGGGCACGGUGACAAGCUCCGUGAUCUGGCGCGCGGCGAUUCCAGGAAGCGCCAUCGGGCAGAUCGCCAGAGGUGGGUCGACCCCAUUCCUUCUUCUUCCUCGCGGCCCACCUCGUCGCCCGUCGCGCCCUCACCCGGCCAAGAUGCCGAGCUGCCGUCGCCGAUCGUCCACUCGACCUCUGCCGCUUCCGGCCCGCUCCUCUCGCUUCAGCAGAACCUGCGCCUCAUGCACUCCGUCGCCGCCGCCGCCGCCGCAGCCAGCGCCUCUUCACGAAGUGGUGCAGGACAGGUCGCAGGCAACGUGCCCAUCCUGCCCCUCCCUCCCGGCCAGCAGUCGCCCGGCAUGUUCAUGUCCGCCCCGGCGCCCAACACCCGCAAGAAGCCCACCCCGCCCUCGCCCGCCCCCAUUGUGCCGCUUCUCCCGCGCCCACUGCACCCGCUCGACGGCAGCGGAUAUCGUCACCGUCACCCCCACCUCCAAUCCCACAUGCAACCCUCCAGCGCCCAGACCCAGCCACAGCGCAGUAGUGGAGGCUACCAACAACAUCAACCACAACAACAGCUCCAGCUUCAUCAGCCGCCGCAGCAGCAACCGCAACCGGCGAGCCAGGCCUCGCCCGGCGUUGCGGGCACACCAUCAUCAUCCGGCGCCCUGCCGCAGCCGCUGGAGGUGCGCAGCGUGAGCGUGGGCCCGCAGGGGGUGGGCCUGACGCUCAACGACAAUCGGGUGAUCCAGCUGCAGCGGGCGGAGGACCUCACCCCGCUCUACGCCCACGCGCUGGCCCAGCUGCGCGCCGCGUGCGACCUUCUCAUCGUGCGCGACCGUGAGGUCGCGGUGCUGCGAGCUGCUGCGGCCAGCUCUUCUUCGCCCUCUACCAUCGCCCCGAUGCCCGACGCGUCCGCCCCUGUGGUGGUUGAUCUCAUCAACAUCGAGGACGACGCCGACCACACAGCUUGA